ACCACAGACCGAGCGAUUCCCGCUCCCCAAUCCGCUCCAGAAUUUCAAGGGUUUGGAUGCCCUUGUGUCGUAUGUAUGUUUGGUUUUUUCCUCUCUUUUUCUGGCCAAACCCAGUUAUUGCACUUUAGCGAAACGUUUUGUUUCGGUGAAUCCAGCGCGGAAUAGGUCUGCCCGUAGCUCGGUGAAGAAACAUGGGGAUUUGAUUCUAUUUCCAACGGGACACAGGAAUUGGAUCGUGUUGGUACAUCAGACAAUAGUUGUAUUUUAGGUGGUGUCUGUCUAAAAAUGAAGCACCCGAAGCUAUGGAGAGCGUUGCUUUUCAUGACGGUGUUGUACCAGUUUGGGACGUCAAGCAGAUACGGUUGUGUGUUUGAGACAAGGCUGUGCUCCAGGGAGCAGUUCUGCUCUGAUGACGGUCUCUUUGGGCAGUGCCGUACCUCUAAGCAGGACCAGGUGCAGUACCAGGUGUCAUUUCCUGUUUUGAAGAGGAUGCAGGAAGUCCUCAAGCAGCUCAUGCUACAGGGUCUGUCCUGGCAGGAUGACAUUACCCAGUACGUUGUUGCCAAAGAGCUGAGCAGAGUUCCUCACACCACACAGUCCCUAAAGGCCUCCUCCUUUUCACAAACCAAGCAGAGCUCCUCCAAUCAGAGAGCACACCUCAGCAGCUCCUCCAGUCAGGGAGGAUACCCCAGCAGCUCCUCCAGUCAGGGAGGAUACCCCAGCAGCUCUUCCAGUCAGGGAGGAUACCCCAGCAGCUCCUCUAAGCAGGGAGGAUAUCCCAGCAGCUCCUCUAAGCAGGGAGGAUACCCCAGCAGCUCCUCCAGUCAGGGAGGAUACCCCAGCAGCUCCUCUAAGCAGGGAGGAUACCCCAGCAGCUCCUCCAGUCAGGGAGGAUACCCCAGCAGCUCCUCCAAUCAGGGAGGAUACCCCAGUCAGGUUGACAGACACCAGGACCACUUGAUAGUAGACCAUCUCCAGUCCCCCCUCCGCAUGCAGACAUCUCCCAUGGACCCCUUUACCUACCAACAGCACAGAUACCAGGAAGAUAUGGAGCGCUCCCUCCACCAGGGAGGAGGAGUCUACGCAGGGCUCCGCCCCUCCGCCAGAUACCAACAGGCCAAACAGAGAGAGAGAGACCAUCAACUGCUACAGCACGUCAUCUCCCUCUAUCUGUCCUCUUCCCCUGCACAGCCCUCAUUCCGCCACCGGGGGGCAGCAGCCCUGCCGGCCCCACCCUACUACGAGGAACCGGAGCUGCCUCUGGACUAUGUAGAGGACUACAGUCUGACAGAGCUGGCUAUGGCUAGAGCCAGACAACAGCAGCAGCUUCCACAGCAUGACUACAGCUCUCUGGCUGGGCUGGAUGAGUCUAUCCUACAGCGUAUGGUGGAGACCCUGGACAGGUAUGGUAUUGACCCUAGAGAGCUGACCCCCCAGCAGCUCUACAGACUGGCUGUGGUGCUGCAGCUGAUGCAGGCUGAGGACAAGAACAACAUAGAGCCACUUACCGAUGAUCCAAAGAAGACUCAGCAGGUUCUUAAAAGCAGUGACACAGUGCCCGAAAAGGUAGAGAAAGCUCCCGUCCUUGUCCCCGGGCCCAAAGUGGUCCCUACCCUGGCCUCAGCUGCCACUAGUCCCCCCAUCACGGCACCUCUAGAGGGCAGCGUGACGGCCAAGGACUCCUCCGUCUCUGUGGAGGAUGUGAAAGAGAAGGUGAAAAGCUCCAGUGUCCCAGCUGCUGAGAGGGGAACAGCAGACAGGGAGAAGUAUGGAUACAUCGUCACCAACCAGAGUCCUCUCAGUCUGUAUAAUGGGGUGAAACUACUGGGCGUACUUGCAGAGAGGAUCCACCUGACUACCAGCAGCUUCAUCAACAUCAGUGUGGUGGGCCCUGCCCUGACGUUCAGGAUCAGGCAGAACCCUCAGAACAUGAGUGCAGAGGAUAUGGCUGAGAAGGCUGCGUCUCAGAAGUCCUUUCUGGAGUCUGAGACAGGGUUGAAGAUACUGCAGACUGGUGUGGGAGAGAGGAGCGAGGGUCAUGGGCUGCCCCAUGCCACGCGGGUGAGGGAGGGCUCCAGUGGGCUGGUACUGACACUGGUGUCCAUGGCGUGUGUGGGCGGGCUGGUGGUGGUAGCAUUGACCAUCGCCUGUCUCCGACACCAUGCCAAGCAGCUGGCCUCAGGGAAACUGGGCCUCGGACCCGAGGGAGGACCGGAGACACACGUUGACUACCAGGAGCUCUGCAGGCAGCACAUGGCAGCCAAGCCGUCGUUCAGUCGUCAGGAGGCGGUGGGCGGGGGAGCGGGGGGUCGGAGGGGGACAGACACCUCCAGGGUGAGCAGUGUGUCGUCCCAGUUCAGUGACGGCCCACAACACAGCCCCUCCUCACACAGCAGUACGCCCUCCUGGAGCGAGGAGCCCGCCCAGUCCAACAUGGACAUCUCUACUGGUCACAUGAUACUGGCCUAUAUGGAGGAUCAUCUGGAGAAUAAGGACCGUCUGCUGAAGGAGUGGGAGGACCUUUGUUCCUACCAGGCUGAACCCAGUGUUGUCACUGUAGCACAGAGUGAAGCCCACCUGGAGAAGAACCGCUGUUUGGACUCUCUUCCCUAUGAUCAUUCCCGUGUAAAACUGAAGGCAGAGAGCAACUCCACCAAGGAAGACUACAUUAACGCCAGCACCAUAAUUGACCAUGACCCUCGUCUGCCUGCUUACAUCGCCACCCAGGGACCACUGGCACACACCAUCGCUGACUUCUGGCAGACAGUCUGGGAGAAUGGCUGUACAGUGAUAGUGAUGAUGACAGCCCUGGUUGAGGAGGGAGAGAUUCAGUGUGUUCGCUACUGGCCUGAUGAGGGAUCCUCCCUCUACCACAUCUACGAGGUGAAUUUGGUCUCUGAACACAUCUGGUGUAAAGACUUCCUGGUUCGUAGUUUCUACCUGAAGAACGUUCAGACCCAGGAGACUCGUACCUUGACACAGUUCCACCUGCUCAGCUGGUCCUCCAACGGAAUCCCUACCUCCACACGCCCUCUGCUGGACUUCCGCAGGAAGGUGAAUAGGUGCUACAGAGCUCGAUCCUGCCCCAUCAUCGUCCACUGCAGUGACGGCACUGGCAGAACGGGAACCUACAUCCUUAUUGACAUGGUCCUCAAUCGCAUGGCUAAGGGCGUGAAGGAGAUUGAUAUUGCUGCGACAUUGGAACACAUUCGGGAUCAGAGACCGAACUUAGUCCGCACCAAGGAUCAGUUUGAGUUUGCACUGACUGCCGUGGCAGAAGAGGUCAAUGCCAUCCUGAAGGCUCUGCCAUAGUGAACCAUGUGUCUACCACCUCGUGUGCCAGAACCUUACAACUAGAAUUACCAUGAAAGUUAUGCAUCAUAAUACCAAUGACGGCCAUAUUGAGUGUCCCCCAUGAUUGCACCAUUCACACUGCUGUGGUUUGACGGGUUGUUGACGAUCUAGUAAUUCUAUUUCUAUGGCCAUUAUUAACCCUUCCUCUACAUCCAGAUACACAACCAGGGAGGAACUACAUUUCCCAGAGUCCAUUACUAUUACACCAAUGACCAUAGGAGUCAGCAAGACCGAACAAACAGAUCUGAGGCCAGGCUGCUUUCAUUAUGCAUUCAUAAUGAAAUUAAAUGAGGUUUUAAAAAAUCCUGUAGAUUAUUCCGUUCAGGCAAAAACACUUUAAAUGUACAGUAGGACCCCUUUACAGUGUCUUGUUAUUCGAUUUUAGAUUGAGAUUUGGUCUUAAAAUACUGUGUCUUGAUUCUGUAACAUUUCUCCUUUCCCUGAUUCUCAGUCUCAGACAUGUCUCACUAGAGAUAUUACAAUUACCAUGAUCCCUCUUGUUCUGUUGUCAUGGUGAUGUUAUAUUACCAUGAACCCUCCUGUUCUGUUGUCAUGGUGAUGUUAUAUUACCAUGAACCCUCCUGUUCUGUUGUCAUGGUGAUGUUAUAUUACCAUGAACCCUCCUGUUCUGUUGUCAUGGUGAUGUUAUAUUACCAUGAUCCCUCCUGUUCUGUUGUCAUGGUGAUGUUAUAUUACCAUGAUCCCUCCUGUUCUGUUGUCAUGGAGAUGUUAUAUUACCAUGAUCCCUCCUGUUCUGUUGUCAUGGAGAUGUUGUUUAAAACCACAUUGUACUCUAGAAGGUAUCCAUCCAUAUAACAUAACAGCAUGAGGCCCGUGGCUUGUUUAUGCAAGAAGACAGAGAUCCUCACUAUGGUGAGGAUGAAGUGAGUGACAUACUAGUGUACAAUACGUUACACCAGUUUCUCUAAGGGGCUGGCGUUUACCUCUAAGUUUAACUCUAAACCCAAUGAUUUAUUUAUAUUCAUUUUGUAAUGGAACUAUUACUGUACACUGACGACCUAAUCACUCAUAUCUGAAUCAUAUCAAUUAGUGUCUUCAAUGUUACUGUAAAACGUCUGUGUUUAUUGUAAAUAAUUCACCUGAUUAUUUAUUAUAUGUUUAUUAAUGUAGCAAACACAUAGAAAACAACUAUAAAAAUAUUUUUCACUCAAUGUAUGUAAUUAAAUCUCUAUUGUGAUGUGGUGCAACAGCA